GUCAGGUGGAGGUGCUGUUCUGCCAGUGGCAGCUUUUUUCCAGAAGUUCUUUUACUUUAUUUAAAGGUAAAACUGCACUAUAAGCUAUACUAUACAUAUACUAUACAUGGUCUGUGGUAAUGUUUUACUGUAGCAGAUUGGCCCGUGCAACGUUAAAUCGAGUACGUAUGAUAAAUGUAAACUUCUGGUAUGAUAAUUUGCCAUUUCCCAUCUGGCAAAUGUUACUGCUACUUGUGACGUCAACCUUCCACAAACAUGGACAUCUUCUUCCCGGCGGGAUAUGAGAGCGAUGCCAGCAGCGAUGAGUGGUUCAUGGACCAUUCGUGUGACAAGAAGUCGCCGUCGUUCAAUCAGGAUGCAGAUACUGUGCCAAAUGCAGAAAAUGAAGCUGGUCUACUGAAAAAAGCCAUCAGUGAUGGUGACAUUGGCAUGCUUGAGCAUCUGCUGGACAAUGGCAUGGACGUGGAGACCAGGCUGGGCUUUGGCAUCUCUCCACUGAUGUGGGCUGUCACCGUGGCUGACGAUAACAUCACCAGAGUGCUUCUGGACAGAGGAGCCAAUGCCAACUUCAGCAAAGACCUUAGGACGGUGCUCAUGGCCAGCUGCACUGCCUCAGCAAAGGAGGAGAAAAUUGUUCGAUGUGUGGAGCUCCUACUCUCCAGAAACGCUGAUCCAAACAAGGUGGACAGGUCAGACAUGACCUGCCUGAUGCUGGCAGCCAGAGAUGAUUACUGCAAAGUCAUCAACCUGCUGGUGUCCCAUGGAGCAGACCUCAACAUGCAGGAUAGCAAUGGAUACACGGCUUUGUUGCUUGCGGUGCGGUACGGCCGAGAAAAGGCCGUUUUGAAGCUCCUUCAGCUGGGAGCAGACACCACCAUUAGGACUAAGGAGGGGAAGAACCCAGCUGAGCUGGCCUUGCUCUUCAAGCAUACACAGAUUUCCAGGUUCCUGGCAUCCUCAGUGAACACUGAUCCUGUUCAGCCUUUCAGCACCAUGGAUGAAACCCUUUUCAAAUUAUUAAAGACAAAUACUCGGCCACCACCUUCAACUUCUGAGGAAAGUGUUCCCAAGCUGGAUGACCUGGAGCUCCUCCUGCAUGGCCUUGAUCUCGGCUACCUCACUGACAUCAUACAUGAGAAUGACAUUACCUGGAGCGACUUGUUGACCAUGGACAAGGAGAACCUGGAGAAGGUUGGUAUCACAGACCUACAGGAGCAGCAGAAGGUUUUGAGUGCAUUGCAGCAGGUGCACUUGGACAAGGUGGACCUGGACACAAUCAACCAACUUGGAGUGACAGAUAGCACGAGUGAGGAGCUGCUUAACUUCCUUAUCAAACAGAAGCAACAAUGCUGCUGCCUGACUGAAACCAUUCAAGAUACCAUUAGCCGCUUCCCCAUGCAAGUUUCCAAGCUGGUCUUCUCACUGGACCACAAGAGGGAGGCCCAGGGUGUGUGCAACGAACUGCUGGCCCAGACCAAGGAUCUACUGACCGAAGUCAGCUGCCUCCAUGAUCUGCUCUGCCAGAUGAAUGAGACCCCGCACAGCUGUCGGCUUCCUCCACCCGUCCCCUGUGGCAACAGGAUGUGGUGGCCCUUAACGAGGGUCGCCAUGGGGGCGCUGGGGGCCACCGUUCUCUUCUUUAGCUGCAGCUAUCUGCCCAAGCUAAGGAAUGUCAGCGGUUCAUUUUAAUAAUGUCACUUA